CGUUGAUAACACAGCUGACAGUUGGGUCAACUGGGUUACUGUAUUUAUCUGAUCACUUUCGCUUUGGAGUUCAGUCAUCGACCGUCCUAUAUUCAGAGGUCAGCUCUCCGGGAGGGCAAAUUCUUUAUGAAUCCAACAAAAAGACUCUGCUGUGACCAUGCUGAAAUCAUCCAGAGCGACACUUUGCCUUUGUUUGUUGACUGUGUUGGAGUCACUUGUUUUGUUGGGGAGUUGUUCACCGGCUAACGUUAACGGAUUUGAUGAGGAUGCUUUCACCAUCCAGCACACAAGCACAGGGAAGUGCCUGGGCACGGGGGCUUCCACAAACAUCACUCUCCUCCCCUGUGACCCAAAAAACAGAACUCAACUGUGGAAGUGGGGAUCAGGUCACCGGCUCUUCCAUGUUGCCACGUCGCUCUGCUUGGCGUUGGAUGUCCCGACCAAGACGCUGUCCCUGGUGGACUGUGGCGCAAACAUCCUGCUAGUGUGGCGCUGCCUGGAUGGGACUGUCUACACUGUUUAUCAGAUGGGUCUGGCAGCCAGCGAUGGCAAAAUCAUCGCCAAACGGGAGACCAAUGACACUUGGGUAAGAGGAGGAUCUGAAGCCAACAUCUGCCAGAAACCAUAUCGUGUUGUCCACACCAUGGAUGGGAACGCUUUUGGUGCUCCUUGUGAUUUCCCCUUUAAAUACAAUGGCAGCUGGUAUCACGGAUGCCUCCCAGAUGAAGAUUUUCCCAGCCUUUCCUGGUGUGCCACCACAUCAGACUUCAACCAAGAUGGAAAGAGAGGAACCUGUCUGAUACCUGAGGAAGGCUGUCAGACUCUGUUCGCUGGGCCGGAAGGGGACUCCUGCUAUGAGUUUGUUUCCACAGCCACUGUGACCUGGCAGGAAGCUCUGGAUUCAUGUCGCAGUCAGGGAGCCGAUUUGCUGAGCGUGUCUGGGCCCGAGGAUCUCCGCUCCAAAACCUUUUUGGCUGGCCUUGACAGAAUGCCUGAGAGGAUGUGGAUCGGCCUUCAUCAGUUAGACACUUCCCAGGGCUGGCAGUGGUCAGACGGUUCCCCUUUUUCUGUUCUGCGCUGGGAGGAAGAACUGUCUGAUAAAGGAAUGCCAUCCUCAGGAUUGAUCGAGUCAGACUGCGGUGUCCUUAACACAAAACAGAAUUACGAAUCUGAGUCAUGCAACAAACGUCUGCCAUACAUCUGCAAGAAAAGUGUCAACACUUCUCACACAGAAACAACAGAGUCUCUUGUUUACAAAGAAACCGUGUGUCAAGAAGGCUGGGUCCCAUGGGACGGCUGGUGUUAUAAACUGUUGAAGGACAAACCUCGAAACUUUACAGAGGCCCAGCUGCACUGUAACCUCACUGAAGGGGGAGGAGGAGGCUCUUUGGCUAGCUUUCACUCCAUAGAUAGCAAAGAGAUGAUCAGCACUAAUUUUCAUAGAGAUGGCCUGUUUUUGGAUGUGUGGAUUGGUCUGUUUGGAUUUGGCAGGACCACUACUGUCUUCAAAUGGAUCGACAGCGCACCUGUCACAUUCACAUAUUGGGAUCAAAAUCAACCAGUUCAGCCCAUCCAGGAUACCAGCUGUGUCUUCUACUCUGGAGAGCUUCAUGCCUGGCGUGUUGGGGAAUGCACAGUGAAGAAACCUUUCAUGUGCCAGAAAAAAGGAAAUGUUAAGGAAUCUGCAGCACAGGCUGGAUGUCGCUUUGAGGAUGGUUGGAGGAGACAUGGCAACUCCUGUUAUAAACUGAACACCGAACAAGUACACUUCAAAGAUCACUGUAACAUCACUAUAAGAAACAGAUUUGAGCAGGCUUUUAUCAACCGUCUGCUGGCUGAGCAGAUCAGCAAAGAUACUCAGUACUUCUGGAUAGGACUGCAGGACAUUAAGAACACAGGAGAGUACCAGUGGCAGAGCCAGGAUGGAUCCUCUGGUGUGGUUACAUACACCAACUGGGACCUUUAUGAACCGGAGCGGGAUGGUGGUUGUGUGGUUGUUUCCACCACAAAACCCUUGGGCAAGUGGGAAGUGAAAAACUGCACAUAUUUUAAGGCGGGCACCAUCUGUAGGACAGACCUCAGUCCACCUCCACCUCCAGAACCAGAGCCCCCCCUCAACGUGAGCUGUCCUGAUGGCUGGAUCUCCAAACCUAACAUCAAAUACUGCUACAAGGUGUUUCAUGAAGAAAGGCUGAGCAGAAAACGCUCCUGGGAAGAAGCUGAGAGGUUCUGUCAGGCUCUUGGAGCGAACCUGCCCAGCUUCACCAGUAAUAUUGAGAUGCGGACUCUCCACAGCAUCAUGAGAGAAACCAUCAGUGAUAACCGCUACUUCUGGGUCGGCUUGAAUAGGAGAAACCCAUCUGAUCGCUCCUGGCAGUGGAGCGAUGGCCGACCUGUGUCAGUGGAUGUUUUACACCAAGAUUUCCAUGAGGAUGAUGCAUACAAUCGUGACUGCACUGCAUUCAAGACAACAAAGAGCACAUUGAAGCACCUGUUUGUGUUUCUGCUCCAUGACUUGCCUCCCACACCUUUCUAUGCCUCACCGUUUCACUGUGAUGCCAGACUGGAGUGGGUCUGCCAAAUACCCCGUGGAAAGACACCUAAGAACCCAGAGUGGUACAAUCCAGGUGGACACCAUGAUUCGUCUAUCUUCAUAGACGGAGCAGAGUUUUGGUUUGUAAAAGAGCCCAAGCUAACUGUUGAGGCGGCACAACUCUUUUGCAAGGCCAGUGGCAGCAAACUGGCCGCGCCACAAACCUCAACGGCUGCAAGUAGGAUCCAUGACUAUAUUAGUGAACACUCGGAUUCUCGAAAGCAUAGCUGGUGGGUGGAUCUAAGACAGCCUGGAAAAAUAUUCCCCAUGACGUACACCCAGAUGUACUUUUAUCAUUCUAUGUUCCUGGGCAAAUGCACCUCCAUCAGCCCUGAAAACCUUUUUCCAGAGCAUGAGCGCAGUUGUCGCCAGAGAUUGUCUUUUGUGUGUGAGAGACACAACACCACAUCAGUGGAGGUAAAUCCCCUGGAGCCAAAGCCUGACGGACUGCCAUGUGGAAACGAUUCUCUGUCCUUCAGAAACAAGUGCUACACUCUGAUGAGGAGCCAGAAGCCUGUUUCAUUCAUGUAUGGCAAUGAGGACUGUCAGUCAGUGAGAGGAACGCUGGUCACUAUAUCAGAUCAGGUGGAGCAAGACUUUAUCACCAGUCUUUUGCCUGGAAUGAGGAACAUGGAGAGGAUAUGGAUUGGUCUGAAAAUCAAACGUGAUGACCCUGAAUGGAUGGACCAAUCCCCAGUUAACUACCUUAAUUUCAACCCCCUGCUACUGGGCAUGUACAGGGCUGUUCAAGUCAGUACGUGGGAUCCAGCGAGUAUGGAUCUGUGUGUGUUUAUGAUCAACAGCCCAGACUCUGCCAUGUUGGGUACCUGGGACUAUUCUUCCUGUUCCCAGUAUCAACAUGUGGGUGUUUGUCAGCAUUAUGCAGAUAAAGUUGAGGCGCCCAGCAUUCCCAAGGAGCCGUUCAGUGUGAAUAACCACACCUUCCUGCUACUUGCUAAAAACCUCACCUGGUUAGAAGCCUUAGAGCAAUGCAGAAGUAACAAAAUGGAUUUGGCAAGUGUGGCUGAUACCUUCCUGCAAUCCAUUCUCACUGUGCAUGUGAGCCGGGCCAACACGCCAAUGUGGAUUGGUCUCUUUAGUGACGACGAUGGGAUCCACUAUCGCUGGACCGACCACAGUCACACGGUGUUCAGUCGAUGGUCCUCUGAUGUCACCAGCGGCUCCUGUGUCUACCUGGACACAGACGGCUUCUGGAAGGCCACACAGUGUGAGGAGGAGCUAGGGGGCGCUAUCUGCCACAAACCACAUGAGGAGACCAUCACCACACCAGAGGAUGUAGCAAUGAAGUGCCCUCAUAAGAUUAAUGGUCCAAACUGGAUCCCCUUCAAGAACAACUGCUACUCCUUCCAGCUGGUCGCCUCCAGAUGGGAGAGUUUUAACCAGAAGAAGGUUCAUGAAACCUGCAAGAAACUCCAUGCAGAUGCAGACAUUCUAACCAUCCGAAAUGCAGAGGAGAAUGAGUUUAUUCAGCAGCAGCUCAAACCAUUUCAAAACCUGGUCCAGUUCGUGUGGCUGGGGGUCUUCAAAGAUAAGAACUAUAACCAGAUGAAGUGGUAUGACAGCACGUUUGUCCAAUACUCAAACUGGAAAAGGGGCAGACCAGAUGUGACGGGACCAUUCAUGGCCGGUCUUACAAUUGACGGCAACUGGAUUGUUGUCAAGGAUGCCAGAUUGUUCCCAGAGUUCAAACAACAAUCAAUUGUGACAUGCAAGCUGGACAAAGAACCAAAACAGCAGUACAAUCAGUCAACCAGGGAUUUCCAACAUUUUGGCAACUUAACAUAUGAAGUUAUAAAGAGGAAGCUGACCUGGUACCAGGCUCUGGAAGAGUGUGGACAGCGAGGAGGCCACCUAGCAAGUGUUCACGAUGUCCAGCACAACACACACAUAGGGCAAAUUUCCAAGAUAGAUGGCUUUCCACUCUGGAUUGGACUGUCGAACCAGGAUGUUGGGGGUACAGCCUACGAGUGGUCUGAUGGAACCAAGUUUGACUACAAAGCCACCAUCUUUGACCCACUGGCGGGCUUAAGCUCCAGCAAACCAGAGGCCAGCUGUGUCUUUGUGACACCUGCUGGAGCCUGGGUGAGGGACAGCUGCAAUACACUGGUGGACGGAGCCAUCUGCUACACCACCACCAUCACAACCCCUUCCCAAAAGGCUCGUCUGCAGGCUGCCCCAGAGGCCAAUCACUGCCCUCAGAGCAACGGUGUGUCCAUGUGGGUGCAGCACAAUGAUCACUGCUACGCCUUCAACAUGAGCUUCUACAACUACAGCGUCUACACCAUGCAGCAGGCCAGGGACAUCUGUCAGGGCAUGGACGCUCAGCUGCUGACCAUAAAAACAAACGAGGAGAACGAGUUUGUUUCAAAAUACGUGUCCGAUGAUCCUCUCAUCACCAGCAGAGUGUGGCUCAACAUGGACUUUAAUUCUCAAGGUAAGCCUGUAUCCUGGAAGGAUGGCUCUACCCUGACCUAUGCAAACUGGAAGUCUGAAGACUUGGUCAGUGGGAAGAAGUCAGAUCUGGGCUGUGCAGUCAUGAUAGUCGGAGAUGAAAAAGGAAUCUGGAAUCUGGUGAACUGCAAGUCAAGCCACAGUCGAGUUGUCUGCAAAACUCAAGCAAAGUCUGCUGGCUCCCCUGUGGCACUCGGUCUCUUCAUUGUGGUCCUCCUCGCUCUCCUCCUAACCAUCGCCUUCGUCGUCUAUAAGAAGAAAAGAUCUUAUUUCACUUCUACCGUUCGCUACAAGAGGACGUUUGAUGACUUGGACACCAACAGUAUUAUAACGGAGACUGACUGAGCGUGCUUCGUGACUCAACCUCAGGAAGUAUCCACGUGCCUGCCUCCUGUGCAUUUUAGUACUUUAUCAGCCAGAGCGAAUGCAGCCUUUUCCAACUUUUUAAAAAUAAUUUAUUUAUCCUGCUCAAGCCUGCAAGCUUCCUUCAAUUAUUUGUAAAGCUGUAAAUAUUGUUAGAGUUGUGAAUAUCUGCCAAUUCAGUGUCUUACUAUUUUAGUUCGUUAAUAAGCACCCUGAUGUAAAUAUGUGGGCGGCGCUUUCUCUUCAAUGCUGAUCACUGAUUCGAGUGAGGUCUUAUUUUGUUUUUUAUUUUGUAUCUUGAUGAGAUGAUUUACAUAAUUAUGCAGCUUACAAAGCACUCCCCUUUAGCCUUAUUACAGGGCUUCAAUUGCACUGAUUUAUGAGUGACUUCAAACUAUCAGUAACUAAAGGUGCAUGCAUUUGGAAUUCAAACUGUUUAAGCUGUAUUUUAAACUUGGUUACAUUUUCUAUCCACACAAUAACAACUUAAUACAGUAACAGAUUUUUAAAAGGCAAGUUCUGUUACAAACACAGUAUUUUUUGAUUUGUAAUCUUUAGGGGGUGGUUUCUAUGUCAAAUAUAACACGUUUCUGCCAAAGUAAGCCCUUUAACUGUCUACACGCCAAGAGAAAAAACAAACUAAAGACUGGAUAAUGUUCAACUCUUAAUUUAUGAUAAAAAAUAGAAAGUUCUUUACAGUUUUUACGACUCUUAAAACGACGUACUGAGCUUUCUCGACUUCACUGUGGUUAAAGCAAAAUAAUUAUUUGAACUGAACUGUGCCUUUAAAAAAGCAGAGAAAGUCAUUAUUUCAGACCAAAUGGAAGCUUAAAGCCACUGGAUUUGUUUGCAUUUAAUUUAAAUACUGAUUAAGUUAACUUUUAAAUUACUAAUACUGUUUUUUUAUUCAUCAGCUUAUAAAUGAUGAAAAAGAAGAUUUUGCAGAUAUUCCUGUCCUGCUGAUUAGUUUAAAGUGUGGGACUUUGUCUUACUUUAAAAAUGAAUCAGACACCUGUUGUAUGACGUCUGGUAUGUACAUUAGACUUUCCUAUGCACUUAACUACUGAGCAAGAACGCACUUUAAUAUGUCGUAGUAUGUUGAAGCACAAGGAUGUUUAGAGACGUUCAAUUUGCACUGGCCUUUGCUGUGAAUGCUUUGUAAAUACAUGCUGUGUGAUUUCUAACCGAGAAUGAACCAAAGAUGCUCUGAUGGGUCGUUUGAAUGUUAAAAAUUUUGAGUUUCUCUCAGUUUAUAGAGCUGCCGCAACAAGGCUGGUUGGCUUAUUCAUAUCAAGUGGUAAACCAAGUGUUGAUGGGUUGUUUUAAGUUGUUUUUUUUUUUUUUUUUUAAUAAUUCACUCUUUAGCAGAUCUGUCAGCUCAAAUCAGGUACAAAAGCCUUUCAAUAAAAUUUCCUGUCUUCAAAGACUGGCUUUUGUCAAUCACUGGGAAAUUUUAUGAGAAUGUUUAAGUUGCAACUGUAGGCACAGAGCCCAUCAAGUGCAGUGCAUUCAGAAACUACUCAGACCCCCUUCACUUUUAAAUUUUUUUUAUAUUGCAGCCUGAUGUUAGUUGAAAAAAUAUUUUAUUCUCAUCUACACCCAGUAAACCAUCAGUGUUCAUUUCUUCAACUAAAAUUAUGACAAACUAUUCAUCAACAGCCUUUUCUCCAAUACAAAAACUUGACUGACAAAAAUAGAUCUGUGAUGACUAAACUGAAAAACUAAGUUUACUUUUUGU